AUGCUGUAUCUACCAGGUGCGAGACAUCGAGCACCAGACGCCGUCUCACCCAACCCAACUGGAGAAGCAAAGACUAUGGUACUAAUUGAUGACAUGUCCGCAGUCUGUUUGGACAAUGAAUCCUACCUCUACUCUUCAGCCGUCAGCUCGGUUGAAAACUUGAAAUGUGUUACGUGGGACAAAGUGCGCAUGGCUACAUCAAGUGACGAGAACAUGCACCAAUUAGUAGAAAUCAUCGAGGCAGGUGUCCCAGAUACUCGUUCUGAUCUCCCAAUUUCCCUACAGAGCUUCUAUGGGAUUAGAGACCAGUUAUCUACGGUUGACGGUGUUGUUAUUUACAAAGAUCGACUGGUGAUUCCCUCUUCUCUGAGACAGACUAUAUUAGCAUCGCUUCAUUCUACACACCAAUGUGUCACAUCGAUGACAUCCAGAGCGGAGCAAUCAGUAUUCUGGCCCGGAAUCACAGCCGACAUAAUUGAUAUCAGGAAGAAUUGUACACACUGCAAUAGAAUGGCACCAUCUCAACCGAGUUCUCCCCCGACACCAUUGGUGUACGCUGAAUAUCCUUUUCAAUGCAUAUGCGCCGACUUCUUUCAUCAUAAGGGUGUGAACUAUCUUGUGAUAAUCGACAGAUAUUCAAACUGGCCGAUCAUAGAACAAUCUACAAACGGAUCAACAGGUCUCAUUGACAGUUUGAGAAAAACGUUUGUCACUUUCGGAAUACCAGAUGAACUGGCGUCAGAUGGCGGCCCGGAAUUUACCUCUCUGUCAACUCGGGAUUUCUUAAAAACUUGGGGAGUACACCAUAGACUGUCAUUUGUGGCAUACCCUCACAGUAAUUGUAGAGCGGAGGUUGGUGUCAAAACAGUAAAACGGAUGCUCACUGAAAACACUGGACCAAAUGGCGAGUUGAACACUGAUGCUUUUCAACGGGCUAUCCUACAGUACCGGAACACCCCCGACCGUGAUACAAAACUGUCACCAUCUAUGUGUGUUUUUGGUCGUGCCGUAAAGGACUUCAUACCCAUUCUCCCAGGCCGCUUUUUACCUCAUGACACAUGGCAAGACACCUCAAACCUACGGGAAGCUGCUCUUAGAAACAGACAUAUGAAGGUUGGGGAACGCCUAUCUGAACAUUCCCGGCGCCUGCCACCACUUAAAAUUGGCGACUUUGUUAGGAUUCAAAAUCAGGCUGGUCGUUACCCAUUAAAAUGGGACAAAAUAGGACAGGUUAUUGAAGUUCGUCAAUUCGACCAAUAUGCAAUACGAGUGGGCGGCUCAGGACGAGUUACCCUACGCAACACUCGACAGACGAUUCCCACUGAUAUACAGGGCGAAUCCAUACCCGCGCAUCAGUCUCUGUCGCCUCUUCAGCCAAUUCCUGUCCCUUUACCCGCAUAUAUGGACAUUGGCGAUACUGGACCCCCAACCGAAAAUGCCAGGCUUCCCUAUAACAUGACUAUUGAUCCUCAGGACAACCCGCAUGACAAUCAACAUCUCCCUCCGACUGCUCCUACUCCAGUGGCACCCAUAGUAGCUCUGCCUCAACCAGUGCCUCAACAACGUGUACCAUCAACACCGGAACCACCUACAGUUGCGAUGCCAACUUCCAUACCUCCACGCCGUUCAUCAAGAUCGCAUAUCUCCAUCAUUCUGGAUGAACAAUAA